AGCUUUAUUAGAAUGAAAAACAUUACGCUAACCCUAAAACUGUGGCUUCAGUCCAAAAUAGCCCACCAUAGCGAGAUCGCGUGUGCUCUGUUUAUACCGGCAACAUGGGCUUGGCCGGGGUUAAAAACGAUGUUAAAACAUUAUUCCUUAUUAUCAUUACACUUGUUGGGUUACUUCCUGGGUUCCUGUCACUGUCUUUUGGCUUGUCGUAUGCAAUCACCUAUGGCUCGAGAUACGGCCAUGUUUACAUUGUCGUGUACUUCGUGAUUGGCGUCUUAUUCCUCACCGUGACUGCUCUGGGCUAUUGUGGGGCUAUCAAGGAAAAUAGGAUCAUGCUGUACGUAUUUUCCGGUAUCAUGGCGGUGUCAGCAGCAAUAAACCUGGUGUCAUUGUGUCUGGUCGAGCGAAGCGAUAUGACAGUGGCUGUCGGACCGGUCCUUAAUAUUUUCGGAGCGAUACCUACUGGCAUUGUCAUUGGCGGUGAUCCUGGCGGGUCUGACACGCAGGGGCAACCAGGGCUGCGUCCUGAGCCCGCCACCUACUCCGUACACGCCUAACAUAUAAAUUAAUAUGUUUUGAACAUGCUAGCCUGUUAUAUGCCACGCCUACCUAUACCUACUAAUAUUAACUUUUAUAAGCAACGAUAUUUUUAUUGGAUAUGAUGGGUCAAAAUAUUAAUAUUUCGUUCAAUUUUGUAAAAUUUUAUCACUUUCCAUUUUGUCUCAAAAAUAUC